AUGGAGAGACUUACUUGGCCCUUACGGUAUCCGAAUAACGUUCCCGUGACGUGUUCUGAUGCGGAUCCGGGAAGCCUAAACCGGGAUUUUGCAUGCUACGGCUGGAGUUGUAAAGAUCGGGAAACGACGGUAGGAGAUGUUGACGUGGGGGUGUUGUCGUCGUACGUGGCUGGAGACGAAGGUGGGAUUGAGGAGUUGGGCAUUAUUGGAUUUGAUGGCUCUUCUAACAUUUAG